AUGACUAUUAACAAUCAACAUUCAACUUCUGAUCACAUUGUCAAUCCUGCCAAUCCAUAUUUUCUUCAUCCUGGAGAAAAUACUGUCGUUGUUCUUGUUUCGCCACCAUUGACAGAAAGCAAUUUUCAUCAAUGGGAAUGUGAUAUGGUUGUGGCGCUUGAAUCCAAGAACAAAGACCAUUUUCUUUUUGGCACACUUCCUUGUCCUCCACCAACAGAUCCAAUGCAUGAAGCUUGGCGGCGUUGCAAUUGCAUGGUGAUGUCAUGGCUCACUCGUUCCAUGAGUCCUGUUAUCAAACAAUCGGUGAUGUGA